AUCUGCUUCGAGAGAAGCCCAACCAUCUGAUCUCCCCAGCAGAAAGAUGGCAGCUGGGAUGCGCUUAAGCUUCCUGCAGCUGUUCGCCGCUGUUCUUGCGUUCUGCUUCGCGCCCGCCAAGUCCGGCUACUGGCUCCAGGCCCAUGCCACGUUCUACGGCGGUGCCGACGGAUCCGACACAAUGGGUGGCGCAUGUGGGUACGAGAACUUGUACAACGCGGGGUACGGGAUCAACAACGCCGCGCUGAGCACGGCGUUGUUCAACAACGGCUUGUCGUGUGGACAAUGCUACCUCAUCACUUGCGACACCAGCAGGUCGGACAUGUGCAAGCCCGGCACGUCCAUCACCGUGUCCGCCACCAACUUCUGCCCUCCCAACUGGGCUCUCCCCAGCGACAAUGGCGGGUGGUGCAACCCUCCCCGUGUCCACUUCGACAUGUCCCAACCUGCCUGGGAGAACCUCGCCAUCUACCGCGCCGGCAUCGUCCCCGUCCUCUACCAGCAAGUCGCGUGCCAGAGGCAGGGUGGCCUGCGCUUCACCAUUAACGGCUUCAAUUACUUUGAGCUCGUGCUAGUGACCAACAUCGCCAUGAGCGGGUCCAUCAAAAGUAUGUCGGUGAAGGGAACCAACACGGCAUGGAUCCCCAUGUCUCAGAACUGGGGCGCUAACUGGCAGUGCCUAGCCGGGCUGACAGGACAGGCGCUCAGCUUCGCCAUCACCUCCUCCGGAGGCCAGUACAAGGUCUUCCAGGACGUCGUGCCGGCUUGGUGGCUGUUCGGACAGACCUUCACCACCUGGCAACAGUUCGACUACUAGCUAUAACAUUGUAUAAUUUGUACUUACUAUUAUCAGUUCGCUUCGUUCAUGUCGAACAAGCAUGGAACUGUCACAUAUACAUUAUUCCUUUUGAUUGUUCAAGUUUGCUACCCACCGAGUCAGGGGAGCCAGGGCCAAUA